UAGCGGGCAAAGGCCGGAAUAAGCAGCGCUUGCGCGAGACCCUCAAUGAAUACAACAACUCAUCUCCCCGGACCGUGGGCUUCUUGGAGCUAUGAAGCCAAUCAUUGCAGUACCUGCUAUCUCGGCUCUUGUAUAUCGAGCAUACUCUCGAAAGUCGCUCACUCCACUAGGUAUAGUCACUGCUUUCGUAACAGCUAUAACUCAUGCCAUUCACCCUUGGAGUGUCUUCUUCGCACUUUUAGCGACUUUCUUUCUCGCUGGAACGGCAGCUACAAAGGUGAAACACGAGAUCAAAGCCCGACUAACACAGUCGGCCAAUGGCUCUUCCGGAGGGGAGGGCGCAAGAACUCACACACAGGUCCUUGCCAACUCCCUCGCUGCAAGUAUCCUUAUACUACUGCAUACGUGGGUACUCAGCCAGGGACCGAGAAGCAAAUACUUCUCCAACGAACACUGUUGGAGACGCGGUAGCGAUGUUCUUGUCGUUGGGAUAGUGGCAAAUUAUGCUGCUGUUACCGCUGAUACCCUCUCGUCCGAACUCGGGAUUCUUUCUUCCACAGCACCACGACUCAUAACAGCACCGUGGAAGGUUGUACCCAAAGGCACAAAUGGAGGUGUGACAUUCGCCGGGCUACUUGCUGGCUUCGGAGGGUCCUUCCUCAUAUCCGCUGUCUCCUCUAUUCUCAUACCAUGGUGUAAUCCGCCUUCCUCGGCUACCGCAAAGCUUAGUGGUGCAGCAAGACUUUCGACUCAAAUGGAGGGCUCUUGGACAUGGGAGCAAAGGAUUCUAUAUCUUGGAGCUAUGACCGCAGCUGGCUUCUGUGGGACCAUUCUAGACUCCCUACUAGGAGCUUUGCUACAGGCUAGUGUAGUCGAUACUCAUAGCGGUUUGGUAGUCGAAGGAGCAGGAGGAGGAAAGGUUCUGCUGCACGCUGGGGAUAGCACGCGCGGCAAGCGAGCAGGCCUGAGCAGCGAGGGUCAUACUUCUGCGAUAUCUCAAAGUAACGCGGCCAAUACUAGAGGACAGAACAAAUCGCGACAGUCUCAGGCAGCAGAAGUCAAGGAGACAAGAAAGCUGGAGGUUGGUCGAGACAUAUUGGACAAUAACGCAGUGAACUUUGUGAUGGCAACAACAAUCAGUUUCGGAGCCAUGAUUGUGGCUGCAAUAAGCUGGGGUGUUCCAUUAGAUUAUACCAGCCUCGUCAGCUGAAGCACCGGGACUCUCACGCAAAUGAAAACGAUGUUGGGUUACAAAUCUCCGAAAGAGGCAAUAGCAUUAUGUCAAGCAGACAAAAGCAGCGGAAGUUAGAUAUUUACGAAUUCCACUUCUAUUUAUGGAUACACCCUACCAGAAAU